AUGUCGGCCAGAGGCGAACUAGGAACAGGUACGAGGAGACCAUCCAACGACAAGAGAAGAACAUCAUCAUCUGUGCUUCAAAAACAAAAUUCCAGCAAGAGAGCAACAACAACCGACGGUAACAGCACCAAAGUCGCCAAGUGCACAACAUGCAGUUUCAACAGAUCAGAUUCGCCCUCGUCUGCAAUCAGAUACCUUAAACUUCUCGGUGGAAAGAUGGUGGCGGCUUUCCGAAUGAUGUCGCCGAAAAGAAGCCGGAAAGUUACCUCCUCAGAAACCACGGCCAAGCCGCCGGUGCCGGCGCCGGCGCCUCCGGCGCUUGAUUCUCACAGAGCUGAGGCCAUCCACGACUGCAUCCAGUUCAUCAACUCCUCUUCUUCCUUGCCUAGAUCCAAUUCUGUCUCAUACCAAGGUUAA